CACGGAAGUUUUAUUGAGCUCUAUAUCCGUUUCUGCGCAGUACGCACUAAGUUUGACCUACACAGUAGGUAAAUAUGGCAGCGGCUAGAUUGGUGCUGCAGGUGCGCCACUUCAGCUCCACUGCGAGCAGGCCAGUGGCCAAGCUGGUCAGGCCUCCUAUCCAGGUGUAUGGCGUGGAAGGCCGCUAUGCCACAGCCCUGUUCUCAGCUGCCAGCAAACAGAAGAAGCUGGACCAGGUGGAAAAAGAGCUGACUCAAGUCUCUGCCCUGAUUAGAGACCCCAAACUCUCAAGUAUUGCGAUGAACCCCCAUGUAAAGCGGAGCAUCAAGCAGAAGACCUUCAAUGAUGCCCUCACCAGGGAGAAACUCUCCCCCAUCACCAUCAACCUCAUCAACGUCCUGGCUGAGAACGGACGCUUGAAGUGGACCCAAGAUGUCAUAUCUGCCUUCAGCAAGAUGAUGAGCGCUCACCGCGGAGAGGUCACCUGCACCGUUACCACCGCACAGCCAUUGGACGAGACUAACCUGGCAGAGCUGAAGACUGCCCUGAAUGGCUUCUUGCAGAAGGGAGAGACUCUCAAGUUGGAGACCAAGUCUGAUCCCUCUAUCCUGGGUGGUAUGAUCGUCAGCAUUGGGGAUAAGUAUGUGGACAUGUCCACCAAGACCAAGAUCCAGAAGCUCACCAAAAUCAUCAGGGACUCCUAAGUCUCAUGGACCUUAGAGGGGCCAGGGAUAUUUAUAACAUGUAUGACAGUGUAAGAACAACAUACCUUGUCUAAAUGUUGCUGUUGGUAAAUAAAUAUUCUGUAACAGUCUGUGCUUGAAUUUCAGUGGCUUAUAAAUAUUGCCAUCUCGC